UACCAGGUAGAAAUAAAAAACAGAAGUGUUUCGGCCAUCCAGGACCGGAAUUGAAGAACCCUGUUGUAGACUGACAGUGAACCUCAAACCGAAAGACACAAACAUGGACGAGAUUGCAAGUGAAAGUUUCGUGAUGGCUCGCUUUCCUAAAAAGAGGCUCCUGUCUGAAGUGCAUGAUGUGAACUCUCCCACCACAGACGGUUCUUCUGAUAGUUGCCAUCCUGAAGAGGACGUGGCUGCUAUAUCAACCAGAUCCCGCAGUGAGGGGAAGGAGAUCCACCAACGUAAGAAGAGGCACCUACCGCUGUCUAAUGAGGAAGGGGAUCAUGGGUACUGUGAGGAUGAUGUGAACCUUCCCACCGACACAGACAGUUCUUGUAACGGAGGGCCUCCUGAGGAGGACGUGGUUGCUACAUCAACCAGAUCCCAGAGUGAGGGGAAUGAGAUCCACCAACGAGAGAGCCCCAGUCCUACUAUCAUCAACGCUCCAGACCAGCCAACGGACCCCCAAAAUCAAGUUGAUUUUGAUUUACGUGAAACAUUUGACAUUUUACAAAAAAAAGUUUGCAUUCAAAAAAUGAAUAAGAAAUAUACAUGGCCAUUCUUAAAUCCAACUGGUGUUCUGUAUGUUGCAAUUUUGGAACUUGAGAAUAUGAAAAACAAACCUCUAAUAGUUAUUAGUUAUACCAAAGACUUUCUUUUUGAGAAAUAUAAUUAAAAAAAACAAAAAAAAAACAUAUCCAUCUAUUUGCUCAACUCUCCUUCUCAAUAUACAGGUCAUAAAAUAAAGGAUGCGGUAGAACUAGACACGUAUCAAAUAACUAUCGUUCCAGACUGGCCAAUGGAAAACCAAAACAUCCCAAGUCCUUUUGAAAACAUUAGAGAAUGUAUUGAUAAGUUCUACUCAUCAGUAAAUGCAGAUUGCAAGCAAAAGUUUGAUACGCAACAUGCAUGGGCAUUUAUAAAGUCACCUUGUGGUGGAGAACCUGUAUUUGUUGGAUUAUUUAAAUUAGAAGAUGGGAGGAAGAAGAAUGAUAAGGGCACAUGUUUUAUUAUUCAUACUGAAGAGUUACUUCUUGAGGAAGUCAAAAAAAUAUUGAAAAAAUAUGAGAAAUUGCGAAAUAAUAAUUUGUUUAUCUAUACAUACAACUCUCCAUGUUUGCAAAAUAAAGGUCAUGAGUCAUGCAUGAAUUUACUGUUUAAGGUUUCAGCAGAACUGAACAGAUCUUAUGGUAUAACAACUAUUGUUGGAUACAGCAAAUGGUACGGUUUGACUGGAGAUUUGAAAACCUUUAAGAAUACAUAUAGUCCCUCAUUCAGUCACUUUAAUUAUAUAAUCAGUAGUUGUAAUUAUGCAGACUAUUGUGAUACAUUUGUCAUUUUGAAUGAGAAUUCUAAAGAUGUAAAACUUCCCAAUGAACUUUAUGAUUUUAUUAAA